GCUUAGAUUUUAAACAACCUACACUCGACCUACCUGAUCGUUUUGGUGCGAUAAGAUAGUAUUAACGGUCAAAUAAAACAGUCCCUACAGUCAGAUUAGGUUACUCUAAAUGCAAUUGUUUGAAAAUCUUUGGAAAUGGCUGUAGUGUUGAAAACAGGAGUGUACGUUGUAGCAGCAAAACGCACGCCAUUCAUCAAAAUGGGCAGGAUGUUCAAAGACGUGCACCCAUCAGAACUGCUAGCUGUAGCGGCGAGGGAAGCCAUCAGAAGUUGCCAACUGGCCCCUGAUCUUAUCGAUACUGUCCAUGUUGGACAAGUCUAUACGAAUAGCGGAUCAUCGGACGGUUUCCUAACUCCCAGGCACUCGGCUCUAAAGGCGGGAAUUCCUCAUGACAAGCCUGCUCUUGGUGUCAACAGACUAUGUGGCUCCGGAUUUGAAGCAAUUGUUAACAGUGCACAAGACAUAAUGUUCGGAUCAGCUCAAAUCUCUCUAGCUGGUGGAACAGAGAAUAUGUCAGCGAUUCCAUUCUUGGUGAGAAACAUCCGAUUCGGAUCACAGCUAGGCCAAGCCUUGGAAUUUGAGGACUACCUGAGGCACGGCUCCGUGGAUUCCUUCUGUAACUUUACUAUGGCUCAGACGGCAGAAAAUCUGGCUGAGAUGUAUACUCUGACAAGGGAUCAAGUUGAUGCGUUUGCGUUGAAGUCCCAGAUGAAAUGGAAAGCUGGUUUUGAUAAGGGUGCUUUUAGGGCGGAGAUGGUGCCAGUGUCGGUAUCACUGAAUGGGAAGCAUAUGGUGGUGGAUAAAGACGACCAUCCAAGAGUUAACACCACGAUGGAAUCGCUAAGCAAACUGCCAGUACUGUUCAGAAAAGGUGGGGUUGGGACUGUUGGAAAUUCUACUGGUGUAAACGACGGCGCAGGAGCACUAAUUUUAGCAAGUGAAGAGGUAGUUGUACAACACAAUCUGAGGCCACUGGUCCGCCUGGCUGGCUGGUCUCAUGCGGGAGUGGAGCCCAGGAUCAUGGGCCUGGGACCUGUGCCUGCUAUACGAAAGCUGCUGGACGCUACUGGGUUAACGCUUCAUGAUAUAGAUAUGAUUGAGAUCAACGAGCAGUUCGCGGCUCAAGCCCUAGCCACCGUGAUGGAGCUGAACAUAGACGAAGAAAAGUUGAACAUGAACGGAGGCGCCAUUGCUAUGGGGCACCCGGCUGCUGCCUCCGGGGCUAGGAUAGCGGCGCAUUUAACUCAUGAACUCAGACGUCGAGGACUAAGACGGGGUCUCGGGACAACAUGUAUUGGUGGUGGUCAGGGCAUCGCAGUAUUGUUGGAAACUGUUUAAGCGAAAUUUGUUCAUUGUUUCCUCCUUUAUAAUCUAAUGUCUUCUGAAUCUGUCACAAACUAAAUCAGUAUUAUUUAAAGACUAUUCCACUGUUUAUUUAAUAAAGUAGAAACACUAUGUUCUUUGUAAUGUUUACACCUAUGAGUUUUUUUCUAUCCCCUAAUGCCGUACCUAAUAUAAUUUCCAACCACCAUAAGGGGCUGGAGACACUUUCGUUGUAGGUUCCUGUCUCUAGGUAUUGUAUCAUCGUCACCACAAAGUGUCUCAGUCUCACCGGGGUAAUAUUCGUGUCCAGCAAUAUCUGA